GACACUCUCCAAGGGUUUGUGUUAUGCUGGGAGGAAACGCUGGAGUAGGGUUUGGGGAGAUGGCCGCGAAUGCGAUGCUGGACAGGCGGCGCGAGAUGGCCACCGCCGAGCAGCUAGUGCUGGAGCUCAUCGUCCCGGAGCAGCGGGAGAACGCGCUCCUGGAUUUGUCCAAGAAGAGGGAAUCCUUCCAGGAGCUCGCUCCGAUGCUGUGGUACUCGUGCGGGACAAUCGCGGGGCUCUUGCAGGAGAUUGUAUCUAUUUAUCCAAUGCUUUCGCCUCCAACCUUGACGGCUGGUGCUUCGAAUCGCGUUUGCAACGCUCUGGCUCUUCUCCAGUGCGUGGCUUCGCAUCCGGAAACGCGGACCCUCUUUCUCAACGCACAUAUUCCAUUGUAUUUGUAUCCUUUCUUGAACACCGUCAGCAAGUCGCGACCAUUUGAGUACUUGCGUCUCACUAGCCUUGGCGUUAUCGGUGCUUUAGUAAAGGUUGAUGAUACUGACGUGAUCAACUUCCUGCUGUCGACUGAAAUCAUCCCACUUUGCCUGCGUACUAUGGAGAUGGGCAGCGAGCUCUCCAAGACGGUCGCGACUUUCAUCGUCCAGAAGAUUCUGCUGGAUGAUGUAGGGCUCGCAUACAUUUGUGCAACGGCCGAGAGAUUCUUCGCCGUGAGUGCAGUUUUAGGAAACAUGGUACAGGCUCUUGCAGAAACACCGUCGUCUCGCCUGCUCAAGCACAUCAUACGUUGCUAUCUCCGUCUAUCAGACAAUCCCAGGGCUUGUGAGGCGUUAAAGACGUGCCUUCCAGAGUAUCUCCGCGACAACACCUUCAGCAAUUGCUUACGGUUUUCUUCCAGGAGGAUGCUGGAACUCGGCGAUGGUUGACACAACUCCUGAUCAACGUCGGGGUUGCUCCUCUCCAUCCCCAGCGAGUUCCCGGGGGCAUCCCAGGCGCCCCUUUGAGUGCCAUGGAGCAGCUACUAACCGGGUAAACACACACACACAACUUAAGAGGCUUAAGAACAUCGGAGGAAAGGAACACAGGGCGGUACUUACACUGGGAGAGAGCGGCAAAAUCUCGCUUCUCCCGCAAGGAAACAAGGCGAUAUCAGAUCAUCAGUCUGUCUUGACAACGAAAGUUUUGGAGUGACGCUGCUGCUACUGUUGCUGCUGCGGCGGAUUAAAUUAACUCGUUCUAAGUGGGGAAGACUCGUUCGGUCGUGUACCAUAGCAUGGCGGAUUCAAAGCUCGGUGAUGGUGAAAAAAAUAAUUUUGGAGGGGACGUGGCAGAGAGCUCGUUUCCUUGGGACAAAAAAACGUUUUUUUUUAUGCUGUGACAGUGGCUCUCGUGGAGCAAAACCAUACGAUGUAAGAAGUAAAAAAUAAGAUGGAACGAAGGCUCGAUUCUACUA